CACUUCCUGUUUGAUGCAUUCGAAUUUCCUCUGAUUUUACAGGUUUGACAACACGUGUGACGUGAUACACAAAAACAAGUUUAUUGGUAAUUUUCAAAAUGGCAUCAUUGCGGAAAGCAAGUAAAUCCCAUGCACGUUCGUACAAGGAACGGAGCCAGCCGGCCAGCAGAGCCCACUUGGGAUUUUUAGAGAAGAAAAAAGAUUACAAAGAAAGAGCAGAAGAUUUCCAGAGAAAACAGAAUACAAUUAAAAGGCUAAAAAGGAAGGCUUUAAAUCGAAAUCCAGAUGAAUUCUACUUCAACAUGGUCAAGACACAGAAGCUUGAUGGUGUUCACCAAGAGAAAGAGGAGGCAGAACCUGUUCACACUGAGGCCGAACUCAAGCUCAUGUUCUCCCAGGAUCAGAAAUAUGUCACCAUGAAGAGAACCUCGGAACUGAAUAAAAUCGAAAGACUAAAAUCUAGUCUCCAUCUUGUGGACAAUGACACUGCUCCUCAAAACAAACACAUUGUUUUUGUUGACACGGACAAAGAAGUGAAAGAGUUUGAUGCAGCAAAACACUUUGGAACUCAUCCCUCCCUUGUGAACCGGCGGUUUAAUCGGUCCUCAUUAGAGAGCCUGAAGAAGUUAGAACUACGGGGCAACCUUAAUGAAGAAGAUCUAAAAAAAGUGUCAAAGGAAAAAGAGCAGCGAUACAGAGAGCUAGUGAAACGGAUACAGAGAGAAAAAGAUCUGCAUGUUAUCCAACAGAAAAUGGAAAUGAAGAAAAAUUUGAUGGAUAAGAAGGAUAAAAGAUCAAAACUACAAGAGGAAACCAAAUCCUCGGCCCCUGUUUACAGGUGGCGCCACAAGAGAAAACGAUGAGUUGCGCAAAAUGGGAAAUUGAUAAAGGCAAUUAAUGUCGUGAACACUAUCCAAACUCAUUCAUUUGGUGAUGAAUUCAUGUGACCAUGAAAGAUAAAUUAUUAAAGUGAACUGUUGAAACAGUUGGACAUCUAUGUGUAACAUUUGUUGUAAUGAAGAGGAACGAUUUGAAACGUUGAUAAAUUGAUUAAAACAAUUUAUCAUAAUGAUAAGCUGUAAACGUGUAUGUGUACAAAUUGUUUGAAAUACAAGAUUGUUUUGAUAUAUUUAAAGUGUUUGUUCUAAAGGUGACGUUGUGCAUUCAAAUGCUAUUGCAUGCAUAUAUAGAAAUGAUUUUAACCAGGACUCAUUUGAACGCACCAUCAUGUAUGUACAUGUAUAUAAGCACUGUCGAAAAAUUUGCUUCGAAUACGGUCUGUUAACAUUAAAUUGUUUCACACAUAUUUCGUAUCUUUUUUCUUGAUGAAGGAUAGUUUUACAUCUAUUGCACAUUUUCAAUUGGAUCUUAUUGAAUAAGAUAAAUAACUUUACUGUAUUUGUCAGCAGAUUGUUUGUCUUGAUGUAUGUGGUUUAUUUUAAUUUUGUUAUUUCAUUUUUUGAGUUCACAACAAUAUGGCCACUUUCGUCCACACAGGGCCAGAUUCAUUCCUAGAGACUUUCAUGUUUUCAAGAUGUAAGGAGAUGGUAACAUUAAAUGAAAAAUGUGCAUUUCA